AUGAUCUAUGCGGCCGCACCCCAUUUGCUGUGGCCGUUUGCAAUGCAGUAUGCUGUGCAUCAGCUCAACCUCUGGCCCCGUGUCUCUGCUCCGGAGACCUUGCCCACACUGCGUUGGACGCGGGAGAAUGGCGAUGCGUUGGUUUUCCGGGUCCGGGGAUGUCGAGCCUUUGACCGUGAUACGUCCGCGGACAAGCUCUCCUCCCGUGCCGUUCCCUGUGUCUUCCUUGGCUUUGUCCCUGACGCGCCUGGCUGGCAGUUUAGGUGCCUAGCCUGGUUUGACGAGUCGGUCCCCUUUUACCGUCUCUUCCCCUACCGCACUGCCCCGCUCCCCCCUCCGCCGCUCUUCCUCACACUAGAUGCUUCUUUGUUAGACCCCCUACCUCCCCAGGGUCUUGCUCCGUCGGGUGUUUCCCAGGUAGACCCGGUCGAGCCUGACGAGGUAGCUGUCGACUCUGGUCCUGCGCGAGGUACUGCGUCUCGGGGUGCUGAGACUGGGGGUGCUGAGCCUGGGGGUGCUGAGACUUGGGGUGCUGAGCCAAGGGGUGUUGAGACUGGGGGUGCUGAGCCUGAGGUGCUGAGACUGGCGGUGCUGAGCCAAGGGGAGCUGCGACUGACCGUGCUGCACCUGGUGGCGCUCCCUCUUCACAGCAGCUGCGUGAGUGGUACUCUCUGCGUUGCAGCCUCUAGCGUGGGACUGCUCGAGCUGGGGGUUCUACCGGAGUUGGAGCUGGUGGUGUUGCGGGUGCUGUGUCGCGGCUGCAGCCUCCCUCCCCACAGCGGCUGCGUGAGUGGUACGCUCAACGCUGUAGCCUCCGGAGCGGCGCUCCUAGCACUGGGGUGCCGCCUGUUGGAGGCCCUUGUUCUGCUGGAGGUACUGGAGCCUCUGGUCCAGGAGGUGCUCGCACAGGCGGUACUAGAGCUGUUGGGACUGGGGGUUCUGCUGGAGCUGGAGCUGGUGCUACUGGAGCUGCUGGUGCUGGAGCUGCUGGAGCUGGAGCUGCUAGAGGUGCUACUGGUGCUGGAGUUGGAGCUGGAGGUGCUGGAGCUGCUAGGGCUGCAAGUGGAGCUGAGGCCUUACAGCCUGCCUCGCCACUUCCUAGUCCUUCUCCCUACAUUGGUCCGACAAGAGGUCUUACGGAGCAUCGUGAGCUUGAGUCUCGUCCUCCGUCAGCGUCCUCCUGCUGUCCCAGGCACUCACCAGUUGACGCUUCGUCUUUCCACUGCUCCGCAGCGGGUCUCUCCUUCUCCUCCUGCAUCCUUUCUUCCUGCCCUUGCUGACCUGGAGUCUGACUCUCUCCGUGCUGCUAGUCCUACUGUCACGCGUCUCCUAGCCACUGCUGUCAGUGACCCUUCCUUUGACUCAGCUGCUACGUCAGCCUUAGUUGCUGAGCUUGAUGACUUUGCUGCUCACUGUCGUCUAGACCACGCUGUCAGCCUUGUUGCUGAGUCUGAGUCUGUCUCUCCUCCGUCUGUCGGGGGUGAGUGUGCUCUUCGCACAGACGUCCUUGAGGACUGGCAGAAGGAGUUUGAGUGCUUUGCCACUGAUGUACUUCAUCUCGUGUCCAUGCAGAUUGCACCUGAGGGAGACCCUGAUGCACCAGACAUCCCGGCCCCGCGCUCUUACCCUGAGGCGAUCGCGGGUGAGUACUCCUCUCAGUGGCAGUCAGCCAUGGAUGCAGAGAUGGCAUCCUAG